UUUAGGCACCAACAGGAAUAUUACUCGACAGGUUUGGGAGCUGCACCCUUGCCUCCGUUCGGGUGCCCGCCUUCCGCACCCAGGGCCCGCAUAAAAUGCCCGCCAAUGGCACCUGCAUUGGAGUGCAUGAGACUGCGCCUUGCAACGAGAGAACGCCAAACUCGCCACAUGUUUCUCACUGGGCGUCAAGACGGUAUUCUGGGUAAUAUGAGGUAUCGAAGACACUCAAUACCGUAUCAUACAUGCACUGCUUGCACUCGUCAUCUUCAUAUCGUGUCCGCUAUCAACAGAGGAAGCCUUAUUAUGCCCGUAUAAGAAGUUGAAGCGUCAGUGUGUUUUUCUCCGAGCCAAAUUCCAACCUACAUCUUUCUUCAACAGUAUAUUUGCCCCUACCUUCCCAUCUUGUGCAUUCAUUCACGGUUGACCAUCGACGAAUCUUACAAGAGCUGUUCUCGAAGAAACCGGGCGCUCUUUUACGCCAUGGGUGAGACGUUCAUGAUAACCCGCGCCCUGUACGAAGAUCAGUCGCUGGAGGCAGACUGCACCUCGUAUCAUUUGAGAAAUCCGGAAGGAGAGGACUUUCGAACAGUCUUUGCAGAGACGCCAAACAAAAAGUCCAAGCUCAGCUACAGUGCGCAGUUGACUGAGAUACACCAUGGAAUGAUGAAGUUCCACGGCAAUUCUUGUCCGGCCACGCUCAUCAUCUUGGAAUUCCGUUUUCACUCCAAACGCCAAACAAGCCGGUACAGAUCAGUGGAUAUCGACUUGGUCUUCCGCAAUGGAAAUGGGAUCGCGCGUAAGGAUCCCGAAGUGGUCGGGAUGGCACCGGAAAGACAAUACCACCUCAACAAGACCUCUCACGAGAGGACGACAACUUAUGGGGCAUCGCUCGGGGCCAACAUAGGUCCAGGGGGGCUGGCCGGUGCCGAAACGGGUGUCAGCUGGGAACUUUGCACAAAGUGGACGAAGGAGUGCAAGGCCACUUUGACUGGGGAGUCAAUGUUUUCGCCAGAGUCGACCUGGCGAAACGCGUUGCAGUGGUCGAUGAGUGAGAACGACCGGGCCGAGGAUGGGAUUCCGACCUUCCUGCAGGCUGCGGUUUUGCUGAGAAGGAACAACGACGAGCCAUUCACGUGCCAGAUGAGCCUCAAAAGCGGGGCGAACAAGGGCCAAAAGUUCCUCCGCUUCUCAGACAAGUUGACCGACGAGGACAAAGACAUUGACCCUAUCACGCUGGAUCCCAAAAGACGGCAGCUUGAAAGCAACCGAGCCACCGGCAUCCAACGAGAAGACCUGGGACAUAUGGAGACUCUCCUGGAGCGGAUUGGCAGAUACUGCAAAGUCAGCUUUUCGCAGACCGACCUUACUCCCGCUUGCGCCGAGUCUCUGGCUGUUUCUGCACCCGCCGGACACGUUCGGGUGGACGAGAUGAUCAGCGAGUCGGUGGUAUCAGAGGUACCCAACAUGCAGCCGUCGAAUGUUACAUCUCUGGCGGAUAUCUCAGCAUCAGCGUACAAGCUACAGGAAAGGGCGAGCGGGGUGGACGGUUCGACGCUUCACAUGGUGCUCUUGGCAGCCCAGGAGGCAGCUGAGGCGGCAGCAGCGGCAACCAGAGCUGCCACAAAGGCAAUGGAAGCAGUGAAUGAAGCGACAGCGGCGGCAGCAAGAGCAAACAAGGCAACCAAUCUCCUAGCAGAGGUCACAUCUCGGAUGGUUAAUAACGGGGAGUGCUACCUUCCAUGGCACCAGGGAAAGAGGCAGAGCGGGAUGCUCAGCGGCGGGGGUUAAUGCGGGGUUCCACUUUCGGAAGGGGAUGUUGCAGCUAACACAGUACAGCUGACAGUAGGGGCAGUGCGGCGCUUAGGUACCUUCUUCCACCUAUCGAGAGUUUCAAUACAUACAUGUUUUUUUGUUCCUGUUACAGCGUAUUUCGCCCUUUCCGGUCUGCAGGGUAACAUAAAAAAAAAACUUUGUCGUAAUGCAGCGUACAUCCGGUUUCCAUCCA